CCCGCGCACCCGCAGCCAGGCACCCGUCCGGCAGCGCAGGUCGGGGCAGACGAGUAGAGACCUCUGCGCGGCUCCCCGCCUGCUGCCAGCCUUCCCCGGGCCAGCCUCCCCACAGCCACAGGGCCAAAAUUUUGUAUAGCACCUCAGCCCCGCUGUCCAGCACUGUCCCCAGGCAUGGCAAAGAGGGUGGCCAUCAUUGGAGGAGGCAGCAGUGGGCUGUGUGCCAUCAAAGCCUGCCUUCAAGAGGGACUGGAGCCUAUCUGCUUCGAGAGGACCAGAGACAUCGGAGGGCUGUGGAGGUUUGAGGAGCAACCCGAGGAGGGACGUGCCAGCAUCUACCGCUCUGUCAUCAUCAACACUUCCAAGGAGAUGAUGUGCUUCAGUGACUUCCCCAUCCCCGAGGACUUCCCUAACUACAUGCACAACUCCAAGAUCAUGGAGUACUUCCGCAUGUAUGCCCAGCACUUCGACCUGCUCCGCCACAUUCGCUUCAAGACCAGCGUGUGCCGUGUGUCCAAGCGCCCCGACUUCGCCACCACGGGCCAGUGGGAUGUGGUGACUGAGAGCGAGGGGAAGCAGGAGGCAUCUGUCUUCGAUGCUGUGCUGGUGUGCACCGGGCACCACACCGAGGCACACCUCCCACUCAGCACCUUCCCAGGAAUCAAGAAGUUCAAGGGCCGCUACCUCCACAGCCGAGAUUACAAGGACUCUCGGGAUUUCACGGACAAGACAGUUGUUGUCGUCGGGAUUGGGAAUUCGGGUUCAGACCUGGCUGUGGAGAUCAGCCAAGCAGCCAAGCAGGUCUUCCUCAGCACCCGCCGGGGUGCAUGGAUCCUCAACCGUGUUGGAGAUCAGGGCUAUCCCUUAGACAUAAUCUUCACCACCCGCAUGAAGACAUUCUUGAAGGACCUACUGAGCUCAUCCAUGGUGAGCAGCAUCAUGGAGAAGCAACUGAAUGCCAGGUUUGACCACUCACACUACGGCCUGAAGCCAAAGCACAGGGUUUUUGACCAGCACCCAACUGUCAAUGACGACCUGCCCAACCGCAUCAUUUCGGGCAGGGUGCAGGUGAAGCCAAACAUCAAGGAGUUCACGGAGACAUCUGUCAUCUUUGAAGAUGGCACCAGGGAAGAGAUUGAUGCUGUGGUCUUUGCCACAGGAUACAGCUUCUCCUUCCCCUUUCUUGAGGGCUGUGUGAAGGUGGUGGAGAACCAGAUCUCCCUCUACAAAUUCAUGUUCCCCCCUGACCUGGAGAAGCCAACACUGGCUUUCAUUGGCCUCAUCCAGCCUCUGGGGGCUAUCAUGCCCAUCUCUGAGCUCCAGUGUCGCUGGGCUACCCGUGUCUUCAAGGGGCUGAACAAGCUGCCUCCACGGCACAACAUGGAAGCUGACAUCCAGCAGAAGAAAGAAGCGAUGGCAAAGCGGUACGUGAAGAGCCAGCGGCACACCAUCCAGGUGGAUUACAUCCCCUACAUGGAUGAGCUCGCCUGCCAGGUGGGGGUCAAGCCCAACCUGCUCACUCUCUUCCUCACUGACCCCAAGCUGGCACUGGAGGUGGCCUUUGGGCCCUGCACACCCUACCAGUACCGCCUGCAGGGCCCAGGCAAGUGGGCAGGUGCCAGGGAGGCCAUCCUCACCCAGUGGCAGCGUGUCAUCAAGCCCCUGCAGACGCGGCCCGUGGAGGAUCACCCCUCGACCUCCACUAUGCCUCUCAUUUUCAAACUGGCUGGGGCCGUGGUUGUCCUCGCCAUCAUUUUUGCUUACUUGUAGGUGCCCUACAGGUGUGGGAAGGGCAGCUUUGAGAUGUGCCAGGGGGCUGGCCUGCCACACCCCGCUCCAUGGCACCCUGUGCACCACAGUGCUGGCAAGAGCCUUACUCCUGCCCAGCAAUGCCCUGCUGCAGCCACACUGUGAGCUUGGGAUGCACAUAGCCUCCCUGGCUGCUGAAAUAACACCUCCGUGUCUGCUCUGCACCUUCCCCCUGGGUGCCUCCAGGGGACCCUCCUGGAGCACCUGGGUCCUCCACUGGGUGCUCCCCACUGGGGAGCCUCCACUGGGAACAGAAGAGGAAACCUGUUCAUCCAGCAGGUAAAAUCCAGCGCUUCUGACCCAGCAGGGACAUGCUGGGCUUUUCUGUCACCUGUAACCCAGCCAUGUCACCCCUGGCACACUCAUGCAAGAACUAAGUGGCAAAGGCACAGCAGACCUCCUAACUGGAUAAAAGCAUAUGAAAUUGA